AUGAUUAAACCACAGCAACUUAAGGCACACACCCCGCCUUAUCCUACUACUACCAUUACAUACGCCAUAUAUGCAUAUAAUUCAAAGACGGCAGAACAAACGCAAAGGUUGAAAUAUGGAGAUUUGGAGAUAGUAUUGAAAAAUGACCAUUUCGAAUUCGUUUGCAAAGGUGGUGCAGUGAUAUCAAAUAUAAAAGAAAUUUUAUUUAUGAAUUCAAAAAUUAAAGGAAUAACGGAUGAUAUAACAUCAAUUCCACCAGAAGAACAGAGAUAUUACGCAUUAAAUGCAUUUCCUAAAGUUUUGAAGAUUGGAAGAUUUAAUUUAAAUGAGGAAUUCAUAGAAGGUUUCCUAAAUGACAUAAUGAAGAGGGUGGAUAAGGAAUAUGUGGAUAGUGAAUUAAAUAAGAAGGCAAAUUUGGUUUAUGUUGAUGAAAAAGAUAAUGAAAUUAAAGAAAAGGUUGAAUGGUAUCAUGAAUGGACAUCGGAGACUUUUAAAGUUAAAGCUGAUACAGGAUGGGUUUCAGGAUGUUUAGACCUUAAAGCAGAUAAAACAUAUGUUGAUGAAAAUUAUGCAAAGAAGUCGGAAGUAAAUGAUGUGAUUACAAGCAUGAAAAAUGAAAUACUUCAAACAUUAUAUCCUGUUGGUUCUAUUUAUACGUCAAUGAACUCAACAAAUCCAUCAACAGUUUUAGGUUUUGGUAUGUGGAAGCAGAUUGUAGAUAAAUUCUUAUACUGUGCUAGAUAUUCAAAGCAAACAGGAGGUUCGAAGAAAAUUAAAGAAGCAAACCUUCCACCGCACACUCAUACAGGAACUACAAACACAACAGGUAAUCAUUCACAUUCAAUAACAAAAAGAGGUUAUAUAAAUCUUGCAGCGGGUUCGGAUAGAUGGGGAAUGAAUAGAUAUGAUAUCACAACUGACCCAGUAGAUUCAAGCACAGGUAUUUUCUGUGGAACCGCAGGAAAUCAUUCACACACUUUCACAACAAAUCCAACAGGCUCGGGUAAAGAUUACAUGCCACCAUUUGUGACUGUAUUCGCAUGGUACCGCGUUCAAUGA